AUGUUCACCAAUGUCAGCACUCCCUCCAUCGUCGAGGCCUUGAAGUUUCUCGAUACCGAAUUUGAGCGACACUUGUACCUCAAAAACAUUCUUGUCAAUUCCUCUUCCGAGAAACGCUUGGUCACCAAGGCGGACAUGAACGGCGCUUCCACCUACGAUGCCGAGACCGCUGCCUACAUUAAUCCUAUAGGAACAGUGCUUCUUAACGCUUACCUUCUCAUAAAGUAUGCUCCUACCUCGCCUAUUGAACUGGAUACUCCUCUAUCCGACAGCAACGAGGAUUACGAGCAUCGCUUCCUGGAGGCAGCCGAAGCCGCAAACGCUAUCGCCGGUUUCGAGAUGGAAGACUAG